AGCAGGAGGAGGAGCAGAAAACAUCCGAGGAGAGGAAGGUGUCGACAACUGACAACAGUUUCACAAAGACAAACGCGGAAAGUGUCGCAACCUGCCGUAGUCGUGUCCGCCACAGAGAGGUGACUUCAUUGUGACGGUGACGAGGGAAAACCAGGCCAGCGACGCAGCAAGCUGACCUGCCAUGGCUGCCCGGCAUCAGAGGCCAGCAGACACGGCAGACGGUUCAGUGGAGUCCAAAAGGACUGAGAAAAAGUGCUCCUGGGCCUCCUACAUGACCAAUUCUCCGACUGUGAUUGUGAUGAUUGGGUUGCCUGCUCGGGGGAAAACCUACAUGUCCAAGAAGCUGACGCGCUACCUCAACUGGAUUGGAGUACCGACUAAGGUAUUCAACCUUGGAGUUUAUAGGAGAGAAGCUGUGAAGUCAUACAAGUCCUAUGACUUUUUCAGACAUGACAACGAAGAAGCCAUGCAAAUAAGAAAACAGUGUGCUCUGGUGGCAUUACAAGAUGUCAAGUCCUAUCUGAAGGAGGAAGGAGGGCAGAUUGCUGUAUUUGAUGCUACCAACACCACCAGGGAGAGGCGGGAGCUCAUCCUUAAUUUCGCAAAGGAUAAUUCAUACAAGGUGUUUUUCGUAGAAUCUGUAUGUGACGAUCCAGAAGUCAUUGCUGCAAACAUUCUGGAUGUGAAGGUAUCAAGUCCUGACUACCCAGAGAGGGACAGAGAAAGUGUCAUGGACGAUUUUCUCAAGAGGAUAGAGUGUUAUAAAGUAACUUACCAGCCUUUGGAUCCAGAUGAACAUGACAAGAGCCUGUCCUUUAUUCAGGUCAUCAACGUUGGGCGUCGUUUCCUUGUCAACAGGGUGCAGGAUUACAUUCAGAGUAAAAUUGUCUACUACCUCAUGAACAUCCAUGUGCACUCCCACUCCAUCUACCUCUGUCGACAUGGAGAGAGCCAUCACAAUCAGCAGGGACGCAUUGGCGGAGAUUCUGAGCUGUCAGACAGAGGGAAACAGUUUGCUGUAGCACUGAAGGGUUUUGUCAAGGAAUAUCGUCUGUCAGACCUGAAAGUUUGGACCAGUCAGCUGAGGCGCACAAUUCAGACUGCAGAGGAGCUUGGCGUUCCGUACGAGCAGUGGAAAAUCCUUAACGAGAUUGAUGCUGGAGUUUGUGAAGAGAUGACGUACAAAAUAAUUGAGGAAACGUACCCAGAUGAAUACGCCAUGAGAUACCAGGACAAGUAUCACUACCGCUAUCCAGGGGGAGAAUCCUACCAGGACCUUGUGCAGCGGCUGGAGCCAGUUAUCAUGGAGCUGGAGCGACAGGGCAACGUGCUGGUCAUCUGUCAUCAAGCCGUCAUGCGUUGCCUUCUUGCCUACUUCCUGGACAAGAGCGCUGACGAUCUUCCAUACUUGAAGUGUCCCUUGCACACUGUCCUCAAACUCACCCCUGUGGCUUAUGGUUGUGAAGUGGACAUGUUUGACCUGAAGGUGGAGGCUGUCAACACUCACAGGGACAGACCUUUAAACAAAGAACGAGAAGUUCCGCCAGCUUUCUACCGGAGGAAUAGCUUCACACCUCUGUCCAGCCACGACCAGAUCAAGCGGCCUCGUCUUUACAGUGUCGGCAACCCUCCGCAACCUCGCUUGUCCCAGACUCCCGUUUUACCCAACCUGCAAUUCUCUGAGCUAUCAGAGGGCGUGGAGCUGCGAGAAAGAGAGGACUCCCUGAACGGCUUCAGUGCAGGAGACACAAACGACUGUCCUGGGAGCUAAAGAAAAGGUUAUUUAGUCUCGACAUACAUCGUUGACCAAAUGUUUCCAUGUGUACCUUCCGCUUGAACAAAUAGUUGUUUGUUUGUUUGUUUGUUUGCCACUGAAACUUCAACCCAAUCACUGUACAGAGAUGUCAUACGAUUUAAGACUCCAUCCAUGAGUUGUUUGCAAAUACAGUGGGGCAAAAAAGUAUUUAGGCAGCCACCAAUUGUGCAAGUUCUCCCACUUAAAAAGAUGCGAGAGGCCUGUAAAUUUCAUCAUAGGUAUACCUCACCUCUGAGAGACAAAAUGAGAAGAAAGAAAUCCCGAAAAUCACAUUGUCUGAUUUUUAAAGAAUUUAUGAGCAAAUUGUGGUGGAAAAUAAGAAUUUGGUUACCUACAAACAAGCAAGACCUGUAACUUUUUCUUUAAGAGGCUCCUCUUGUCCUCCUGUAUUAAUGGCACCUGUCCAGAAGCUCAAACAGUCGUACUCCAAACUCCACUAUGGACAAGACCAAAGAGCUGUCAAAGGACACCAGAAACAAAAUUGCGGACCUGCACCAGGCUCGGAAGACUGAAUCUGCAAUAGGUAAGCAGCUUGGUGUGGAGAAAUCAACUGGGGGAGCAAUUAUUAGGAAAUGGACGAUAUACAAGACCACUGAUAAUCUCCCUCGAUCUGGGGCUCCACGCAACAUCUCACCCCGUGGGGUUAAAAUGAGCACAAGAACGGUGAGCAAAAAUCCCAGAACCACACAGGGGGACCUAGUGAAUCACCUGCAGAGAGCUGGGACCAACGUAACAAAGGUUACCAUCAGUAACAGUAACACGCCGCCACGGACUCAAAUCCUGCAGUGCCAGAUGUGUCCCCCUGCUAAAGCCAGUAUAUGUCCAGGCCCAUCUGAAGUUUGCUAAAACAGCAAGAUCCUUUAUUUAUUUUAAUUUUAAUCUUUGGCAGAGUUCAGAAAUCAAUAAUGGGAUGACCUUGAUUUGACUUAAUGCCACUCCUGGCACAGAAAUCCAAACAACUUGGCUUUGUUGGGUGUUAACAAAAACAAUCCUCGGAGUUGGGGAACAUUGUCAAAAACAGAAGGAAGCACAUUGUUUCCAGGACAACCGCCAGAUCCAAAUAAAUUCUACACAGAAUUUCAGACAUGGCUUGUAGGCUUCUCCGUGGCACUCAUCUGACCAUUUGAUGGCCAGGCAAAGGCAAAUACUGAAAAUUACAAUCAGAAGAUGAACUUAAUCUGGGCAUUUACACUCUGGUCCUUCCUUCUCAUUGAUGAAGGGCUUCCCCCCCCCCCCCCCUAACUGCAUGACUUUUGGCUCUUCCUCUCACAGCCUAUUCCAAACUUUCCCCACUGUGCCAACUGCCAUUGGCCAAAUUAUCUUUUGAACAUCACUCCGGUUGUUGAAUGAUAUUCAAAGGCAUUGGCGGUUAUCCCGGUGACUAAAGAGUUGUUUUUGUCCCUUGCUGGUCUGUAGCUUUGUUGUAACUAAUGUCUGCGACUUGUCCUUGUUCUUACGAGCUGCCCUUUGGUGGAUGAAAUCAUUUGAUGUCCACUGUAUUACCUCUGUUUAACCUUUUCAUUAAAUAGAAUCAGAAACAAGACACUGGAAUGGAAUGGCAGCCAUGAAUGUAGAUAUGUUGAUUUAAGGGACAUUUUGAGUGGUCUCUAAAUGUAUCAGAGUUGUGUUUUUCACAUGUCCCUGGCAUCGGGCAGAAUCCUCGCAUCUUCAAAACAAUCCCUUUUUCAGGAUUAAGAAACAAAAAGGCACGUUUGUUCCGCCUUUAACAUUGCAUUAUCAAUGAGAGCAAGCCAUUCUCAACACUUAAGAUUGGUCAAUAAUUUGAAAAAAUAAUAGACCCAUGUGGGAACUGACGAAUAGACUCGAUUUGUGAAAAAAAAUUAUGAAAUUGACCAAAUUUGGACAUGGGACGUUUCCGCUUCCGCUUGUUGCCAGCAUUAAAUUAUGGCUUCAUAAUGAUGGCUGGUGUUGUCAAAGCGAUUAAAAAAAUAAAUACAAAUAAUAAUAAAAUAAAAAACAACAAAAAUGUCAUGCUGACACAUUGAGAGGAUCGAUUAUUUAAAAAAUGUCCCAUAUGUGUCUGAAGUGUUAAGAUUGUUGAUGCACCCUAAAUAGUCUUACCAACUCAUGCAAAGUUUUACAUGAAAGGAAAGAUAAUUUGUGAUCUUUGAUACCUUUUAUCACACCAACUGCCCUUCCAACUGUUUCUAGCUCCUUUUCUUUAUUCAUGGUCACACAAUAUCUGAUUGUGAGUGUUUAAAUUACAUUUGAACCAUCUGAAAUUCAAUGCAGUUACUAAGGGCUCGAGUAUGCAAGGGUACACACUUUGUAAUGAAAAGCUUGUCAUUAUGAUUGUCUAAACUGUAGACAAAAGAGAAAGCGUGCACUACUCAGUUGAACUUUUAAGGACACCAUUGAUGGAGGAGCGGUGGAACAACUUUGAAAGUGGGGCGAGGCACAGUACUUUUGGGGCACCUUUUCCUGUUCCCCUCCAUAACCAAUUGUCAACAGGGGGGUGCUGACCUAAGAUUUUCAAGGGCACUUUUGUCGAUUCAAUUUUUGUCGCAGCCCCCCAGUACCCCCCGGUUCCUCCGCCUCUACAUUCAUGCAAUGUAAAAAUUAAGAAUCAGGCUAGUGAGGAUAAGCAGUAAAGAAAAUGGAUGGAUGGAUGGAUGGAUGGAAUAAAUACAAAAGUGCCUCUCUAUAACAAGCUACAAGGUGCAUUUUAAAGUACUUCAAAUGAUUAUGAAAUGAAAUAAUGACCAAGUCAACAUUAUAGAUUUUAUUUUUGUAUUUUUUUUUUUUAAACCUGUGCUUGGUUUCAUGUUGCUUCUAAACAAUCGUAUACGCUGGGAUCAGACAAACAAAUGUGUAUAUCUUACAGUCAACCAAUGCCAACUCUACAUGAGUGAUUGAUAUUUAGGAUCUGUUUGCUUCAAUUGCUGAUGGUUUUCAGAAUCCCAUUUCAGAAUCAUUGCCAUUUUGUAUGACUCACAGCGAUGUAUCCAAAGUAUUACAUCGGCAUUUGGCGACCGGAUGACUUGCGUGUCUGAGAACUUUAAUCUGCUUGUUGUUUUGGUGUAUUAAGUGAUGACAGAAACAGCCUUUAAAGAUUUGAUGUGCACAUAACACUGUUGUGUCACCUAGUAAUAUUUGAGGACCACAUGAAAAGCAUUGUUAUAGUGAUUCAGCCGACUGUAAUUGUAUUGUAUAGUUUUAAAUUCGCAUGCAUUUCAGGAUUUAUGUCAGGUCUGAUAAUAAACACAGUACAAUACAAUUCAAUUCCAUAUGCCGUUGAUACUUUUU